ACGCGCGAGAAAUCAAGUAGUUUGAGGCUGCGCGUCCUUCUUUGAAUCAGCCAAUCACAAGCGACCACGAAUUUGAUGACCGAUGUUGGCGGAUUUGGAUAAGACACCGGCUCAAAAAUUCGAUUUUAAUAAAUUGUAGACAAUAUUCGGUUUAUCAUAGAGCAAACCAGUCUGAAACAAUCACUUAAGCGAAAUGUUUAAAUUAUUAGUUCUGGCUGCCUUGUCAGCUAGUUCUUGGGCCCUUUACCCCUCAAGCUCAAGUGUUGUUGAAUUGACGCCUUCUAACUUCGACAAAUUAGUGAUUAAGAGUGAUGAAGUCUGGAUCGUAGAAUUUUUUGCCCCCUGGUGUGGACACUGUCAGGCCUUAGUCCCCGAAUACACCAAAGCGGCAGCUGCUCUCAAAGGCGUGGUCAAAGUCGGGGCUGUGAAUGCAGACGACCAUAAAGAUCUGGGUGGCCGCUAUGGAGUGCGUGGUUUCCCCACAAUCAAAAUCUUCGGCGCGAACAAAAACAAACCGGAAGACUUCAAUGGGGCCAGAACUGCUCAAGGACUCGUGGAUGCAGCCCUACAAGCCGCCAAAGCCAAAGUCAAAGCGAGUCUUGGUGGAGGCUCUUCGAGCUCAGAACAGGACGCUGAUAAUAAAGACGUAAUUGAAUUGACUGAUAGCAAUUUUGACAAGUUAGUUAUGCAAUCGGAGGAUAUGUGGCUGGUGGAGUUCUUUGCUCCAUGGUGUGGCCACUGUAAGAAUUUAGCGCCCCACUGGGCUAAAGCUGCCACUGAACUAAAAGGAAAAGUGAAAGUGGGAGCGCUGGACGCCACUGUUCACCAAGUUCAAGCCUCAAAAUAUGGUGUUCAAGGAUACCCCACUAUUAAGUUCUUUGCUCCAGGGAGGAAGAGUUCUGAUUCAGUUUCUGAUUAUGAUGGUGGACGUACAGCUAGUGAUAUCGUCACCUGGGCUUUGGAAAAAUUGGCAGAAAAUGUGCCUGCACCUGAAGUUUUGCAAAUCAUAGAUCAGGGUACUUUUAAGCAAGCGUGUGAUCAGAAACCUCUGUGUGUUGUGGCUAUUCUUCCACAUAUCUUAGAUUGUCAGUCAGAGUGCAGAAAUGACUACCUUAAAAUAUUGACAGAACUGGGAGAAAAAUAUAAGAAGAAAAUGUGGGGCUGGAUUUGGUCAGAAGCAGGGUCUCAAUUUGAUCUUGAAAACGCGCUAGAUAUUGGCGGAUUUGGUUACCCAGCGAUGGCGGUCAUUAAUGCAAGAAAAAUGAAGUAUUCGACACUCAGAGGUGCAUUUUCACGAGACGGAAUUAACGAAUUUCUUAGGGAUUUGUCAUAUGGUCGUGGCAACACUUCUCCUGUCAGAGGGCAAGAACUUCCAAAAAUAGUUGGUAUUGAACCAUGGGACGGUAAAGAUGGGGAACUUCCACAAGAAGAAGAUAUUGAUUUGUCUGAUGUUGACCUUGAUAGCAAAGAUGAACUUUAAAGAAAACUACAAGACUAAUUAGUUUUAAUACCGUUUUUAUACUACCAUUUUGUGUUUUUGGUAACCAAUUCCUGAUGUAAUAUUGAAUGUUUGUAUGAUAGUUAUUAUUUAAGUGUUUCCUUAAUUAUUUUAAUAAACAUAUCUUUCGUA